UUGCCGCCACCGACAUGGGGUUCCGGAAGAAGAAUAAGAGCCCGCCAGUACUGAGCCAUGAGUUCGUCAUCCAGAACCACGCGGACGCCGUGUCUUGUCUAGCCCUAGGCCUCCUCCUGGGGCUCAUGUUCGAGGUUACAGCCAGAUAUGCCAUCAUGUUCGUUACAGUUCAGUACAAUGUGACAUAUACUGCAGAUGACAGGCCUGACCCAGUUCAUUUCUAUGAGUAUGGUCCAAAAGAUCUGGCCACCAUCUUUUUCUACAUGCUUAUAGCCAUUAUUCUGCAUGCAGUGAUUCAGGAAUACAUACUAGAUAAAAUUAAUAGACGUCUUCAUUUGUCAAAAACAAAGCAUAGCAAAUUCAAUGAAUCAGGGCAACUAGCAUUUUUCUACUUGUUUUCAUUUGUCUGGGGAGCAAGCAUUUUGUCUUCAGAAGAAUUCGUAACAAACCCAACUCUGUUGUGGAAAGAUUACCCUCAUUCUCGAAUGUUCUUUCAGGUAAAAUUCUUCUAUAUCUGCCAGAUUGCCUAUUGGCUUCAUGCACUGCCAGAACUCUACUUCCAAAAAAUUAGAAAGGAAGAUAUUCCCAGACAGUUGCACUAUGUCUGCCUUUAUAUUGCCCAUAUAUCUGGUGCCUAUAUAUUGAAUCUUCAGCGUUUGGGGCUAAUUUUGCUGGUGCCUCAUUAUCUUGUGGAACUGAUUUUUCAUGCCUCGCGUCUUUUCUACUUCAGUGACGAGAAUAAACAGAAAGGGUUUACCCUUUGGGCUCUACUGUUCGUAAUGGCUCGUCUCCUGACCUUAACUUUGUCAGUUCUCACAUUUGGAUUUGGUCUGGCAAGAGCAGAAAAUCCUGGUUUUUCCAUAGCAGAAGGAAACUUCAACAUACUUACUAUUAGAGUUGGCUGUCUGGCUGCAAUUUGUUUGACUCAAGCUUGGAUGAUGUGGAAAUUUAUCAACUUCCAAUUAAAGAAAUGGAGAGAACAUGUACAGAAUCAAAUUCCUAAGAAGAAAGCAACCAACACAAAGAGUAAACCAGCAAAAAAGGAACUAAGUAGAGCUAACUUUGCCAAUGGAGCAGUGAAAUUUGAAGAGGGCACAUCGCCCAGAAAAAGGAAAUCAAAAGUUUUGUGAGACAACCAUAGAUCCAGAGGACACUGUUCUAACAUAAGACUUUAAUUAUUUAAAAAAUAAUGUUCUGUUACUGCAAAGAGAGAGACUAUUCAGCUGUGUUGCCUGAGAGACACUUGUUGAAAUAAUAUAUUUUUAAAAUUAUCAAUACAAAACUUAUUGUGAGAAUAUUUCAUCAUGAGUUUAUUUAACAUUAUACUAUUCAGUUUCCAAAUAUAAUUUCUCUUGUGUUUUAUUCUCACAUGUAAGUACAGUACUGCUGUAAUAUGGGUACAGGCACAGAGU